AUGGCUCCGGUCAGCCGCAAUGUUGCCGAGAAGGAAUUGGCCCUGAGCCCAGAGGCUGGCGCUCGCGGGUUUGUGGCAGUCAAUCACGCCUCUAGCAAUGACAGUGCCGCCUCCAGUCAGCUGUCGUCUCCGCAAGAUAAUCCUCGAAGAGGAAGCGAGUUUUCCUCACGGACGCCAAGUAGCAUCUAUCCCCAUAACCAGAGCAAGGAAGGGUCUAGUCACAAGCGGAAACGCUCCGACUCGGAUGAGCAAGAAAGAUACAAUGAACAGCCGCCGUACGAAUACAAUCCUUCGCAGCGACCGGAGCCGCAGCAUAUGGCCAAUCGAGCACUCCAUGUUCUGGGAAAUGCUGAUCAAAAUGGGGGAGGCUACUACCAGAAUGGCAACACAUCCAACCAGAAUGGCCAUACGUGGCAGCCUGAGAGGGCUGGUCAGGCUUCAGGCUCCGCCAACGGGGUCCGGCCAGGCUCGCCCGACGCUCAUUUAGCCGAAAUCCUACAACAAGAAGGGAGCGGGCCAGAUGCACAGAGGUCGUGGGAUCCAUCACCGAGUUCCAAUGGAGAGGCAGCCACGGUUGGUUCCAAGCGGAAACGCAAUUUCAGCAACCGAACAAAGACUGGAUGUCUAACAUGUCGAGCGAGAAAGAAAAAAUGUGAUGAGCAACAUCCAACAUGCGCUAAUUGCAUCCGAGGCGGCUUCGAGUGUAAAGGCUACACACGGACAAGCCGACGCAAUAUUUGGCCGGCCAACGGCGGCCCAGCCAGGCCUGUAAUGCCUUUGCAGUCAAAAGAUGCUCCAAGUGACGUGUCCGAUCCCCAGACUCGUUCGGGCACCAACAUCGAAGCCUCGAGCACGAACGUUGCUCCGCCGUACGAUAGCGGUCAUAUUCGAUCAGGCCCAGUUGACGACCCGGAUGGCCAACGACAACAACAAUAUGCAACUAGCCCUUCCCAGAGUGAACCACGAGGUCAGCCAUCCUAUCCUGGACGACCACAACAACAAUGGACGCAACAACCAGCGUCAUCGUCUUAUACUUCAGAGCAUCUCCCUCCUCUCUCCGAGCUCGGCCGAUCCGAACAAUCCUUCGGCGGGCAACCCAGAGAUAUACCACGACCGCCUACGCAGGGCUCGGUCCAUUCUCAACAUUCAGCACCUCCUCUUUCUCAGCCACCAUCGCACAUGUCUCCCCAACGCACGACUACACAGGCAGGUCCUGCGAAUUUACCACAUCCUCAACCUCCUCCACACCCUCAUCCGCCUCCGCCCCCGCCUCCGCCUCCACACCAUCCUCCUUCCGCGGGAGCCCCGCAGCAAACUACCCACUGGCUGCCUCCUCAGCCGCCUGAAUAUCGACCAGCGUACGUCAGUGCACCUGUAGAACAUCAUGAUUCAUCGGGCCGUGGACACGUGCGCAUGGCGUCCGCGAGCUUUGACAAUCCCAAGUCCGGGGCCAAGACUUUCACCAAAGAGGACGUGGAACGAUCGAAAAUGUUGCGGUGCACAAGUUACAACCACCAUGACCCCACGUUGGUCAACGAACGUCAAAGGUGCAAACAAGCUUUGGCACGGUAUAAUCAGGCAUGUGCACUCGAUAAUGCAGCCAGUGAGGAUGAAAUCCGGGCAAAGUUGUUGAAAGUGUUUGAUCCAAGCAAAGAUACCACCCACAAGUUUAUCUCGCAUCCCCUUGAGAAGGGGAUGAUCGGCCAUGGGUCAAAGAUCGAAGCGCCUUUCAAGUGCACUUACGGCUACAAUAUCAAGAUCAUGGAGGAUGUCUUCAUUGGGGAAAAUUGUGAGAUCGACGACUGUGGCAAAGUUGAUAUUGGGCCUCGGACCUUUAUCGGUUCUGGCGUGACCAUUUUCACGCAGAAUGUCGGUAAAGACCUGGUGGAUCGUAAAGGAACUGGAGCGCCCUGGAUGGCUCAGCAAGUCUCCAUCGCAUCAGAAGUGAUAAUCGGCAAAGGCGCCGUCAUCUAUCCCGGCGUGACGAUCGGAAGGGGUGCUACGGUGGAGCCAUUUGCGAUUGUGCGGGAUGCGUUGGGGGAGUUUCAAACGCAGUUCGCGGCUGUUGGACAUCGAGCCUAG